AUGGAGUUCGAGACGAUGAGCAGCGCAUUCGCGGGGCUCAAGACCCACACUAGCGACGACGACGGCGCAGCAAGGCCGGCCGGCGGAACUCGCGGGGCCGCGACCGGGAAGGAGCCCAUCUGCAGCAAGGCCGGGGCAAACGCACGGCGGCGGGAGCGCCAACUUUUUCGCGAUUCGAUCAAGGCAGGGCGCCGCCCCCCACGUCGAGGCGACGAGGAAGAGGAGGGCGCGAUCCCCGUCUACCGCCGUGCCUGGGAGACCUCCUUCGGCGGCGUCUUCGGCUCCUUCGACGACGAAACUGCCCUUGGUCCCAUGCGCUACACAUCUGGACCUAUCCCGGAAAAUGCUGUUCCAGCUAGCACCUUGCAGAUCUUCUCUGUCAGAGUUACUGACCUGAAAGGUCUCUGGUGGCCACUUCAUGUCUAUGGCUUGGUUGCCACCAGAGAUGAGGCAGAUCAUAAUCGCAACUUUCUUUUCAGGCGCACGAGGGAUAACUGCCAAAUCCUUACCAAAGAGGAUCCAGUUUUGCUGUUAACAGGCCCGUCUCGCGCAGUCCUGUUGGCUGGUCUGGUCACCUUCGAAGUACAGCUGAUGGUAAAGAGCAAAACUGAACUUGCAGAUAAAGUGCUGGCUUCCAAAGUCUUCUAUUUCCACCAGGGAUCUCGCCGAGAAGACAGUAUCUGUACACGCAUCCCCUACAAGCAUUGUGCGCUCGAGUUUGCGCUCGCGCCUCUGCGGCAUUCGGUCGAGGCCACCGUCAGCGUCCAGCUCGUCGACGGGUCGUGGCCGGACGGUCACCAGGGACUGGUCUUCUCCUGCACCGACAGCAUAAAAGAUACCAAGAUGGUGCUGCUUGACUGUCGAGAUGGGAACAUGCCCAUCGGUUCGGACGGCAUGUUUGAGCUCUCCAGGUGCGUUGUUUGCGCAGAGCUGGGCGGGAGGGAUAAGCUCAUGGUGUCCGUGCAGGCGCGGCGCGUCGGUUUCCUUACGAGAAAUGCGGCCGUCUUCGAGCCCAAGAUGUCCGGGACAAGCGUUGGCAUGUGUGAUCUUCGUUUCUGCAAGAUGCAGGUGACCGUUGCCUGGUCCCUGCUCUCCACCUCUGGCACACAUGCAGAUGCAGGUGGUAAGUAG